AGAUGGCUGGUUAUACAGAGAUAUGUUGUGGAUGGAAACUUCACUGCUCAACACAUGAACAUGAAACAGCCUCAGCCUGAUGUUUCCCUCUCUGAUGGCCUAGGGUACAUGGUGACUGAAGGUGAGUACCAGGCUCAUUUAUCAUCAGCUAAAAACGAGAGAUCCUAUUGCAGCAACCAUCAUGCAGUCAAUGCAUCAAAUACAAACAGAAUGACUGGAGUUGCUGCCACUGCCUGUGCACGGCAUGGAUGUUUUGUUCCACACUCUGUGGUGGAUUUUCAAAAGGGUGAA